GUUUCCUUUGUGAUACGAUCGAUGUGACCAGGGCAUUUUGAACAUUCUCAAGUAUAACCACGCAGCACCAGCCACACUGCACCGUGUCGUCUCACCAACUGACGGUCCGUAUUUACACCGCAAAGAAACAAUAUGCACCCGGUCGUAGAGGUGACCCUCUCGUGGCUCCUGUCCGGCGCCAAAGGCCGCGAUGAGAAGAGCUUCUACCGCUCGCCGGCCUUCAAGGACCUGCGGGAGCCGACCAUCGAAAUCACGUCUACGGAAUGCGGCGCGGGUUCGCUGGCCGAGCCGGCUCAGCUCAAGAAGGAACACUCGCACGAUGGAGAGGGCAGGUUUCCGGGCUUGCAGUGGACAGCACCGUCAGCAAUCAGUGGGCAAGUGAAGGAGUGGCUGCUCGUGGUCGAGGAUCCCGACGCGCCGCUUCCAAACCCCAUAGUGCACGGGAUAUUCGCAGGCAUUGGAUCGAACAUGACGAAUAUCGAACACUCCCACCUCGGGGUUGCAGACGAGUCCAAGAGCGCUGUGGAGGGGGGGUUCCACUAUGGCGUGUGCCGCAGGCCUGUGGUGUACCUCCCUCCGAGGCCCCUGAUGAACCACGGGCCCCAUCGAUACUUCUUCGAGGUUGUGGCACUGAGUGAGACCUUGGCCAAAGACGUGUUGGAAUCCAGGCCGACCAGGGAGAAGAUAGCCGAGGCAGUUCAGGGCAAGGUGUUGGCCUGGGGACUCUGGGUCGGAGCAUAUGAGCGGAAAUGGCAGUAGAAGCUGUUCGUCUGUUUCUAACUCCGUAGUGAAAUAAUAAUCAUCGACAGG